GUUCGAGGUACCGAUGUGGUAAAUUGUCCUAGUAGUGGAGUAUUGCUGAGAAAAGCUUAUUCACGGCAAAUUCACCCUGUAUUGGUGAAGGCUUUCAAAGUAGUUGUAAAUAUAGUGGAUAAUAGAGGGUUUGUAGGCGAAGUAGAAGAAAAGUGGCCCUAGGGGUGGAAACGACUAUAAACUGGUACCCGCGUGCUGCUAGCACGAUGGUAGUGGCAGUGCUUAAAGAAGAGGGCAAUGGAUGUUAUUUCGUCAGCAGGAAUUCCAAUUCAGUCAGUCGGCGUUCGCCAGUCACGCCGGCUCAUUUUCAUUGUCUAUAUCUAUAAAAAUUCAUUCACCGGCAUAUCUCUACUUUGCAAUUCAUUACGUCCAAUCUUUUUUCAAACCCGCAAAAUUAGGAUGUAGCCUUUUUGGGGGAAAGAAAUAGAAUUCUGAAGAAUGUCUGCACAGAGAAGACCCUCGGGUCCCAUUAGACAACUGUCACUUCAACAGCAUCCUCGUCGUCAACAAGUCCGACGGCAGAGAUCAGCCGACGAUGAGAAGCCACUUCAAAUCUAUUCAAAUCCAAUUCGAACCAGAUUUUGCGGAAGUCCAAAACCAGAGAAUGAUCGUCCAAAAAUUCGCAUUGCUUGGGGUGAGCAAAGAUCGAAAUCCACUGAGAAUCAAGUUGAAAUAGUCGCUCGUCAAAUUCCAGGCAAGUCCCGGCCACCGACAGCCAGAAAUUUAAAGAUCACCCGACCUCUAAUCACCGAGAAGGCGACGAUUCUCUAUUCUCGUCAGGAACUCGCCGAAAGAUUGCGUCUCGCCUGGAAACAAAGAGAAGCAAAUAAAUCAAAUAUAGACAUUUUUCUCGCUCACAAUACAGUUGAGGAGCGCUGUGAUUCUCAACUUUCAAACGUCACCACCACACCAUCCACUCCCCUUUCAAAGCAAAUUCUCCAAAAAGAAAAUACAAAUUCAAUUGCCGACACUUAUGAAAUCAAAUCAACACCAAGACAAGUCGAUGAAGAAAUACAGUCAAAUGAAACUGAACUCGAAAUUCAAAAUGAUGAGAAAGAGGAAGACGAAGAGACAAGUGAUCAACGAAUGGAAGACGAAGAUCAAAUAAUAAGUUAUGGAAAAUCUUGCUUUAAAUUCAAAGAAGAUAGUCUAAAAAUCUCCAGUUUCCAAAGAUCAAGUCUUCACAUUACUAAUAAACACCCAAAUGAAGAAAAAUACGAAAAUUAUUCUGAAAACACCGAUGAGAAAUCCGAAGAUUGCCCCACAAUUGAAAAGAAAAAAUCAUGCAUCAACAUCGACUGGAGCAAUACAGUAGAAGAAAUUCCCGAGUCAACAAAAUUGCCCUCCUCAAGUAAAGAGGAACCCCCCACAAUAUCAUCAUCAGCAAAAUUGAAACGCGCCGGCUUUCAAAGUGGACUCAACAAGGCAUUUGUCGGACCAAUUAUCGAAAAAACAAUGACUCUAAAAGUCGCUGACAAAGUCACCACUCCAAAUGAAACAAAAUUUCGAAGAACAAAUUCAGCGCCUCCAAUUCGUCGGCCAAUGAGUGUUUCAUCAACCAGAACCCAAGUGAACAUCUUGAUUGAUGCACCUGCAAGUAAAAAUGAAUUUUCAGACAAAAUGGAAUUGAAAUUAAACGAAAGAAAAGAUGUCUUGUCUGUGCUAACUAAUGAUAAUGAAACUUCAAUAAAGAAUGUAAUUUCCCAUCGUCCGAUAAAAUCAGCGCCAAUAAAGCGUCGAACAAAAAGCGGUAAAAGACGAGGACUCUCAAUUGGAUCAAAGGAUGGCGAUAAUGAUAAUCAUGAUAGACGUCGUGGAAAAGCAUUUCUUGAAAAUAGAAUGACGGAUAUUGUUACUAUGGUUUCUCUUGUUAGCUCGGCUGACAGUGACAGCGAUGUUGAUGAGAAUUCUCUGAGGGACGAUAAAUUAAUUCACGAAUUGAGAAAUAAGCUACCGACUACGUCGAUUAUCAAGUCUUCUACAAAUCCUGCCAUUUCUAACAAUAGGAGACCUAUCAAAUCUGUUUCUUUUCAACAAGAUUCUUUCGACGAGGAUCCUUUAUCAAAAAAUGAAGCAAUAAAGGAAGAGAAAAAUAUUCUUUUGACUAGAUAUACGUCAGUGAGUCGAGUCAAUAGCAGACCACCGACUCCAGAAGAAACAGCAGCGUGGAAAACGGAAAUCUCUAAAUUAGUGCCUUCACUUCCUCCACUCACGCAAGAGAUUGAAACAUUAAAUAUUCCAUUAACUGAUCGCGAGAAAAGAUGUUUGGUUGUACCAAUUAGUGAUUUAAGGGACAAGAAACGAAAACUUUUACGCACACGAAGUACCCCACCAAAAACUGGAGAAAUGGCUAUAACUUCGAAGAUAGAGUCGACAUUGGCUUCCAGAAAUUUACAAAAUGAAAACACGCAACAGCCCAUUAUUUUGAUAGAGAAUCCAAUUAAGAUAGCUAUGAAUCAUAUAAAUACGGCAACAGAAGUACCUGCAUCAACUGAGAUUCCUGAGGAACCUCCCUGUCAAACUGCAAAGGAAAAAGAGUGUUGGCACCUUUAUCGUCGCAUGUGUGACAAAGGAGUUUACGUUUCUUUUGACACAGUACUAAGGGGAAUGUUGACACCGACAGAAUAUCGAUUACGUCAAAAGGAAAUCUCUCAAAACUGUUGAAAGCUGUCUUUCUGUUACAUAUCAACAGAGAAUUACCUCAAAAAAUCAAAUUUGAACUUUAAAACCUUUAUGCAAAGUGUUAUAUAAUUAGAGCACAAAAGUUUAUUUUCGAGAAAACGUAUAUUAUAUUCUAGUCAGAAAAGUAAUUUAUAUGAGAUAAUAAAAAUAAUUAAAAACUAAGUAUAUUAUAAUAAAAAAAAUUUAAGCUAAAUUAAGAAAAAAAGUUAAGCCACGACAAAUUUAAGUUUUGAAAAAUUUAAAUUCUGAAACUUUGUUUUUUAAAUUAUAACAAUAAUUAUAUAAAACUGGAUAUUCAAUACGAAUAUAUAGUUUAAGAUUUUAAAUAAGAUCUUGUUUAAGAUAAUAACGCACAUUUUAUGUAGAAAUAUUUUGAGAAAUGAAAUUAUUAAUAAGAUUUCAUUGCCUUUCUGUGAAUACUUAGUAUUCAAAGCGAAACGAUCUUGUAAUAAUCAGGAUAAAUACA